UUCUAUAAUUUGGUUUUUGAGCUUGUAAAAGAGCAGGCCAAGUGAUUGAUUGUUACAAAUCUAGGAAGAAUUUGUGGGCUGUAAAUCUUGAAUUGGGUUCUAAAUUAUCUGCAGUUUCAUGAAAAUUUUGUGGAAAAUUGAUUAGCAGACAGUAAAGUAAAAGAAAUGGCUGCAGCAGGACCAGGGCCAAUCUCCAAGUCCAUUCAUAUUCCAGGGGAGCCCAGCAAAACCUCUACUUCCAUGCUGGAAACUGGAACAGAGCUCAUCCAGAAUUUUGCACCAAUUAAAAAUGUCCAUGAGCAUCUCUGCGCCUUCCAUUUUUAUGCCCAUGACAUGACAAGGCAAAUAGAGACCCACCAUUUUUGCAGCCACAUCAAUGAGGAUGUGAGGCAAUGUCUGCUGUAUGAUUCUCCUGAGAAGAAUGCUAGGCUUAUUGGAGUUGAGUACAUGGUAUCUGAGAAAUUGUUUUUGACCCUGCCUGAUGAAGAGAAAAAGCUGUGGCAUUCUCAUGAAUAUGAAGUAAAGAGUGGGGUGCUCUUCAUGCCAGGAAUUCCAGGGCCAAUACAGAGACAGGGGCUGGAGAAAGUGUGUAAGACUUAUGGGAAGGUCUUCCACUUUUGGCAGUUUGAUAAGGGAGAUACUCUGCCUCUGGGUUUGCCUCAGCUCAUGAUGGCUUUCACUGUAGAUGGUCAGCUCCAUGAACAACUUGCUACAGAUGUGCAAGAAAGAUACAACUAUUCAUUCCAAGAGGAGAGGGAAAAGCGGCAGUAUAUGAGUGGACCUGAUUAUGGCAUAAAUCCAUUGGGAAACUCCUGGACCAGUGGAAAGGGUCUUAAGACAGUGUUGAGAGAGACAGACUGUCAGCGUACAGAAUUAUAAGAUGUUCAAAUAUCCAUUACAGUAGGUCACUGGUUUACACACUGUUUUCAUCAUCUGUUCAUAACACUGUAGUUAUCAAAUCAUGAAUCUUGAUAUAGCAUAUCCUUCUGUUAAUGUUUGAAAUAUUUGUAUUUCAAAUUUCCAAGACA